UGAUGGAGCCAGUGGGCCUGGCCAAAGCCUGCACUAAAGCAUUUAAGAGGGUGGAUAACCCAGGCGGGUACACUUGGAGGUUGACUCCCCCGGCUGUGAAGGAUUCAUACUUUGACGAAUUACGGAAAGAGUUUGCUUGGUCGCCUGAGGACGAGCUUGAGGUAAGGGCGAUGUGGGAACAGAAAGCCAGCAAGAGGUACAGUGACAUGAUGAGCGACUACAAGAGGAAGCUCAGGGCUAGUACCGAUGAAGGUCUGCUGAUGGAUAGACCCUUCUGGAUGUCUGCCGAAUUCUGGACAGGACUCUAGGCAU